AUGUUCUAUAAUGUUGAAGCUAGCAUUGAGAAUAUCGUUGCGGCUGAUCCAAAUAUUCAGAGUCGAUCAAGCGAUCAAGGAAAACUUAUCAUUGGUGGCCUUGUAGCAGCUGAUCCAAAUGUUCAGAGUCGAUCAAGCGACCUAGGUAAACUUAUCAUUGGUGGCCUUGUAGCAGCUGAUCCAAAUGUUCAGAGUCGAUCAAGCGAUCAAGGGCGACUGGUUGUUGGCGGCAUUAUAGCAGCUGAGCAAUCUAGCCAAACUCAAUCAGGUGAUAAUAAACUCCAGUUAGUUGCGCUAAGCACAACAGUUUAA